GGAGGAGGGGGUGAUGGGGGGUUGCUGUCGUCACUGGGAGCUGCAGCAGCAUCAGCAUCACUAGUAUGAGUAACAGUGCGCAACUUGGAGACAUAACUACACUGUCCGGAGCAGCGCGUGUGUGCGUCUGGUUGUGCGCGCUACGCGUUUCCACGAAGGCGUAAAUGAGCCACAACUCCGCCGUCGCCGUGGAGCCGCAGAGAGCGAGCAAGAGAGGGAAAGAGAACCAUGGAUUUAAUAAAAACACGCACUUAUGUCUCCAUCAUCGUUUUCAUGAUGAGCAACGCCUGGCAAACGCUUUCUGACAGAAUCCAGGAGGAAAACUUCACAGCCCUGCUCCUGUCCCACCUGGAAGACACCAGCCAGAUUAUCUCUUGUGAUUUUGAGUUGCCGUGCCAUUGGACUCUAUCACAUAAUGACUCCCAGAGCGAGUGGUCAGUGGCGUCUCCACAGGACUCCAAGGACACGAAGGCUGGAACAAUGCCGGUGACUGACCAUUCUGUGGGAAGACCUGAAGGCCACUUUCUUCUCCUGAACCCAUCACCUGCUGGGAAAUGUGAGCACCAAAUAAUCAGCCCAGUCUUGCCCAGAAGCAACAGGGAGUGCACCUUGCAGGUGGCUCUGUAUGAGGCCGGUCCAACAGCGGGAGACCUCACGGUUCAGAUCAAGCCAGUUAUGUCAGAGUUAGCUUUCCACUCUGAGGUUCCUACCCGCAGGAAUCAAGAUGACCACAGGGUGGAGUGGGAGGUUCUGAACGCUGUGAUUGGUCAGAUGGAGGAACCGUUUCAGGUGAUCCUGCUCUACACUUCCUGUUUGGGUCAAGGUGAAGGCAUCGUGGCUUUAGACUCUCUGGACUUCAUUGACUGUAAAGCAGAGGCCGACGAUGGCGCCGUUGACCAGGACGUUGAGUGUGAUAAAUUGUUCCGCUGUGAAAGCACGAAUGACUGCAUCGAUCAGAACCGAGUGUGUGACUUCCACACGGACUGUCCUUUUGGAGAGGACGAAGGCCUAAUCUGUGACGCUCUUCCUUUUGGCUCAUACUGCUCCUUUGAGUUGGAUUCAUGUGGCUGGUCUGGAUCCAAGCUGCACUCGGGCUGGAGGAGAGUCGCUGGGGACCAGCUCCUGGAGAAAGACGACAAUCAGGGCAUAACUCUUCAGCACACACCAGGGCACUUUUUGUUCCUGCAAGUUAGAGAAUCUAAUUCACUCCAGGAGGCCUCCAUUCAGAGCUCAUCUUUCCCUCCUCCAGUCUCUACCACUGCUUGUCAGAUGCGUUUCUCUCUCUACUUACAUGGAUUUUUUAAUGGCUCCCUGCAAGUUGCCAUAGACGAAAAUGGAACCAAGGCGGCUCCAUUGGUGUGGGAGAGACAAGGUCAAUGGAUGGACGACUGGGAGGAAGUCGUACUUGAUCUGUCCAGCCUUCAUCACGGGUUUCAUGUUACCGUGAAAGCUGCAUGGGGAAGAGGCUCCAGAGCUGAUCUUGCUCUCGAUAACAUUGCAGUUGGAGCUGCUUGCUUCAACACAGAUCUGAAUUCUCUGCAACAAAUGGACAAUCUGGAUUUCUUGAGCCCCCUUCCAGAGCCUUCAAUCACAGAGGUUUCGCUGAUGACGUGGUGGUUUAACUCGUGUGGCGCGAGUGGUCCCCGUGGUCCAACCCAGGCCCAGUGUGACAGUACCUACAGGAACAAAAAUGUCAGCGUUACCGUGGAGAUGGAAGGCCCCUUCAAAGGAGCCCAGAUAUGGGUAGUGCCUGCCACCAAUCGAUACCUGAUCUCAGCAUAUGGAGCAGCAGGAGGAAAAGGAGCCAAAAACCACAACAAACGCAACCACGGGGUGUUUAUAUCAGCCAUAUUUCCUCUGGAAAAACAAGAAAAACUUUACAUCUUGGUUGGUCAUCAGGGAGAGGAUGCGUGCCCUGGGAGGAAUCCGCUUACCCAGAAAAUAUGCCUGGGAGAGUCAUCAGUGAUAGAAGACAGCCCCAGGAGUGAGACCAGUGCAGAGUGGGCAGGUGGUGGAGGCGGCGGAGGAGGCGCCACUUACAUCUUCAAGAUGAAGGAUGGCGACCUGGUUCCUUUGCUGAUUGCAGCUGGUGGAGGAGGAAAUGCCUACCUGGAGGAUCCAGAGUCCAGUCUGGACCACAUGCCUCUGGAGCAGUUUGAAAACAGUACUACAGCUCCUGGUACCAACGGUCAAACUGGUGCUGCAGGUGGCGGUGGUGGAUGGAAGGACAGUCCCAGUUCUCACCUGAGUGCUGGCAGAUCUCUGAUGGAAGGUGCAGUGGGAGGGUCUUCAUGCUCUCUGGCACUGUCUAAGCUCAGCUGGUCCACCUUUGGGGGGUUUGGAGGUGGAGGUGGCGCCUGCACAGCGGGAGGAGGUGGAGGAGGGUACAGAGGAGGUGAUGCAGUGCUGAUGGAUGAGAUCACAGCCGACGGGCAAAACGGUGUUUCUUUCAUCCAUCCAAUGGGAGAAAUUUUCUUACAGCCUCUCGCAGCCAUGGAGGGUCACGGUGAGUGUGAGAUCAAGGUGCAGCUGAACUGCAGCCACUGUCAGACUCAGAGCUGCAGGCGAGAGGAAGACACUCACUUCAUCCUCUGCCUCUGUGACGUGGAUGAAUUCCUCGCCAGUGACAACAUCACAUGUGUCGGUACUGUAGCCCCACAGACCCCACCACCCCAGAACCAGCUGCCGACGCAGCUCAUCCUGGCCGUCGCCGUCUCCGCGGUUGCGAGCAGCAUCGCUCUGAUUUGUGCUGGCGUCGUCCUCAUGUGGUACCGCAGGAAGAAUGACCUGCACGCCGUGAGGGGACGUCUGCAGAGUCCAGAGUACAAGUUGAGCAAGAUCCGCUCCUCCACCAUCAUGACCGACUACAACCCCAACUACUGCUUCGCUGGCAAGGCUGCAUCCCUCAGCGAUCUGAAGGAGGUACCACGAAAGAACAUCACUCUUCUCAGGGCUCUUGGACACGGAGCAUUUGGUGAAGUCUAUGAAGGACAAGUUCUGGGGAUGAGUGCUGAUGGUGGCUCCAUGCAGGUGGCCAUAAAGACUCUUCCAGAAAUCUGCUCCGAGCAGGAUGAAAUGGAUUUCCUGAUGGAGGCGCUGAUUAUGAGCAAAUUCAGCCAUGAGAACAUCGUCCGCUGCGUGGGAGUCAGCCUGAGCAUCUUGCCACGCUUCAUCCUGCUGGAACUGAUGACCGGAGGAGACAUGAAAUCCUUCCUGAGACAGAACCGGCCUCGAGCGAACCAGACAUCCUCGCUCACCAUGCUGGAUCUGCUGCAGAUGGCCAGAGACAUCGCUUUUGGCUGUCGGUACCUGGAGGAGAACCAGUUCAUACACAGAGACAUUGCUGCCAGAAAUUGCCUCCUGACCUGCUCUGGACCAGAUCGAGUGGCUAAGAUCGGAGAUUUUGGGAUGGCUCGAGACAUUUACAGAGCCAGUUAUUAUAGGAAAGGUGGUCGGGCCAUGCUGCCAGUAAAAUGGAUGCCUCCGGAGGCCUUCAUGGAGGGAAUCUUCACCUGCAAAACGGAUACCUGGUCGUUCGGAGUGCUGCUCUGGGAGAUCCUUUCUUUAGGUUACAUGCCGUAUCCAUGUAAAACCAACCAGGAAGUUCUGGAGUUUGUCACCAGCGGAGGCAGGAUGGAUCCUCCUAAGAGCUGUCCUGGGCCCGUUUAUCGUCUUAUGACCCAGUGUUGGCAGCACUGUCCAGAUCACCGACCCAACUUCUCAACCAUCUUGGAGAGAAUCAGCUAUUGCACUCAGGACCCCGAUGUGAUUAACACACCCCUUCCAAUGGAGUACAGUCCAAACACAGAGGACAAUGGAGGCACAGUAUUGCGUCCUGCUGUCCCAUCCUCCACCAGCCUAAAUCCACUGCUGGUCUCCCGUCCUAUUUGCCAGGACUCAUCUUCCCAGCUUGGUUUCACCGCCAAAGGCUUCAGUCCUCCGGUUCUUCCCCCACAACCCACCCAACCCUGUCUUCUCCUACAAAGAAUACAACCUGUCCACCAUGAGGUGAUAUCAUGUUGCCAGGUCAUCGAGCCAUCUUGGGCUGAGACUGUUCCUGCUCCUGGUCUGUCAGCAGGAAACUGCCUCCACCCUGAGCCUCCUCAUCACCAACCGUGCUCCAGAAACAGCUCCUCCUCAGGGAGCCAGAGGCUGAAGAACAAGACUAAGAACCUUUGGAAUCCAACAUACGGCUCCUGGGUCUUGGAAAGCUUCAGGGGGAAGAAAUCUCUGGCUCACACUCAGUCCGUGCCGCUCUCAAGCAACAGCUCACCGUCCUACAGAUCGACUCCAGAGAACAACGAAGCUUGUUGUAUCAACCCCACCAGCGCCUACCUCAGCCCCUCUUCUUCUGCCUCCCGCCAGGUUCAAACUGCCCAAUCGGUGACCUCCCAGAAAAUCCCAGCUGGUGGGGCCUCCAAACCCGGCAUGAACCUGGCAAAGCUCCAGAGUUUCCCUUGUGGGAAUGUCAACUAUGCUUACGAUGAGAAGAGCUGCGAGGCAGAGAGCCUUCCCUCGGUCAUGUCCAAACCCUCUGAAGCCAUCACAAACACCAGCUUCGCCCUGACUCUUGGGCUCCAGAGCUCCUCCUCAUGUAUGCCCAAACUCCUGCUCAAACGCCACGCCAGCUACGGACACGAGGACGUGAGGAGACACACGAAAACCGAGAAGCCCAUGCGCGACCGGGACUCUGGCUUUUCUUUGUCUGAAGACCUCAGCGUUGGCCACGUCUAGAAGAGAGCUGAUUUAACGCCAACUAGUGUCCAAACCUAAAAAAGACCAGAUUUUAUAAACAACACCAUGAUGAGAGCUCUGUAAUGGUUCAGAGAGCCACCAGAUGAAAUCAUUACAGCUCCUGGAAUGCUGGAACACACAUUUAGACUCAUAAUAAAGACAUUUAUGUAUUUUGAUACUCAGACCUGAGCUGUUUCUGGUAGCGAGACACUGAUGUCCUCUGAAUGUCCUCCAUGGUGGUGAAACUAUUGCUGCAGAUGGACUCUUUCUAUAUUUGUUUUAUGAAAGCUUUGGUAGUAAUAUAUUUGACUUAAUAGUAUUUAGUGAAAUCAUGAGGUAUCGAUUUGUUUAAAAAUACACGUGCAAGAAGAUUUAAGGAACUGUGCAGCAAUCACACAUAAGUGAGCUACAAAAGUGUUAAAUGUGGAAAAAAGGAGCAAAUUGGCAUCACCUAAAAGACGUUCUAUAAAAAAAAACCAAUUCAAAAAUGUUUUUGUCUUUAGAAUUUUUCUAUAUAUUUAUAUACAUAUUUAGUCUGAUUAUUCUAAAUUAUAAAUCCACUACCACCGACUCCUCCAGUUCAUUUAUCCUUGGUUGAUUUCCUUGUAGCAAGUAAAGCCAUAACAUACCAGUUGCAGGAGCUGUGAUGUUAAAUCUUAACGGGUUUGUGCUAAAAGUAUGUUUAUAUUUGAAUAUGGUGCAACAAGGUAACACCGGGUAAAAAAGACCUGAGGUGUAGUUGUACGUUAAUUUUUAUCAGGGGUGUCCAAAGUGAGGCCUGUGGGCCAUUUAUGCCCCUCGGGUUCAAAAAAACAAAUCACUUUUUUUGCCUAAAGAGCUGAUUCUAUUCUGAGAUUUGCCGUGAUACAUCAAGCAUUUUUAAAGAAAGCAAAACCAGUUUUCUGUUUUGUUGUUGGGAUAAAAACAAGUAUUUUCUUAAGACUGAGAAAACAAACAAAAACAAAAAAUAGCAAUUGGUCCCACAAAUCUAUGUGAAUACAUAAAACCCUUGGUAACACUUUACAGUAAGGGUCACUAUAUUAACGUUAAUUAGUGCAUUACUAAGCAUUUAAUAAACAAAGGGUCCCUUUAUUAAUGUUCCCGACAUUUUUAAAUAUUAAGUGUCCUUAAGGUCCAGAUGGUGUGUGUGUGUGUGUGUGUGUGUGUGUGUGUGUGUGUGUGUGUGUGUGUGUGUGUAAUGUUUUGUAAUGUAUUAAGAUUAAGCAGUUGUUAAUACUUUAUUUAAUAGUUUAUUAAUGCUUAAUAAUUAACAUUAAUAAAUAACCCUUAUUGGAAAGUGUUACAGAUAAUAUUGUUUUAAUUCCUCUAAGAUAUUCAUUUUUAUUUUUUUGGACAUUUUAAUAAAAAAACACAUUUUGUAGACAUUUCUAGUCAAUGAUUUUGGCAAAAAGUCAGGAUAGCAAUGGUUUACAUGGAGGGGGCGGGAGUUUAAACUCUGCUGCCAGCCACUAGGGGGUGUUUGUGCGGCUAUACAAGUCAAUGCUGUGAACAAGACUCUUCGAUUUUUUUGGUAGGAAUGAUCAUUUGCUGUGGAAAGAAAAAUGUUAACAUUUAAUUUAAGGGUAAGAUGUGAGUCCACCUGGAUAAUGUGAACACCACUCCUCCCAAAUCACUGCAAUAACAUGUGUAGAUUUCUGGCAUGUAACAUGUUUUGUUUAACUACAAAAUCAAUUUUUUACAACUUUAACAUUCUUGACAAAAAACUAUUUAAGAAAAGCUUGUGCCAAAGCUGCAUGGAUCUGGGUUUUUGUUCCGUACAUUAGUGCCUCCCGUCACUAUCUGUGUGACUUAAUUUACCUUUAACAUGAAACAAGAGUCAUUCACCUUUUAGGGAAGCAGUUUGAAUGAAAUCUAUUCCCGUCCCGAUGUUUACUUGGCCUGGUGGUUAUAUAAAUGAGUAAAUAGACCUUUCAUCUGUGAUAAUAUUUGCUUCAAGUACCUCCUUUCUCCGCACGGGAGUAAGUUUUUUGUUUUUAUUUUUUAUUUUUAAUGUGAACUUGUAGUCAAUCACUGCCAUUAGAAAUGUAAAGCUAUAAGACUUGUAAGCUUUCAACCGAUGGAGAUGUUCAUCUUAAACUCAACGAGCGCUGCAGGUAACUCAUUAUUUAUGUUUAAAGGCUUUGUUUUUAUUUAGUCAGCAGAUUAUCUGUAUACUUGAUGACAUUGUGUUUUAUUAUAAAUCUAAUGAGAUGUAAUUUUUAUGUUAUUUUUUCUCAGACCUGCUGCAUUUAAACCAAACUGUUUUUCUCAAAGCUACUGUAGAUCAUUUUACAUUAUAUAUAUACGUACAGACUUAUACCUGAAAAGCCUGCUGAGGCUGUAAAAUUAACCCUUUCAAGCAUCAAAGUAACAAUUUUGUUUUUAACGAGCCAAAAAUAUUCCCUCAUAAAGUUUUUACCUUACACCAGAAGAUAGUAGAGAUGUGUAACUUCAAUCUGAGCAACACUUUUGGGUGUUUCUAUUAAAAGUUUCAGAGUUUAAAGUUUGAAAACUGCCUCCUUCGGGGGUGGGGGGCUCCCGACUGAGGAGUCAAGACGGGAGGAGCUCACAGAGGAUGAAUAUUAUUACAUAUUAGAAGAGAAACUUACAAUGCUGACAGGCCCGUUUACUGUUGAUAAAAGCUUUUUGUCAGGUAGUGACUGAUUCUGAAGUGUAAUAUUCAUCCUCUGAUGAAGAUAUUCACUCGUCCAGUGAGAAGGUAAGAGAGGCUGCAGCUGCAACUCGUGAUCCAAAGUUUAUCUCACCGAGUUCAGGACAUGGUGGGUGUAGAAAGGAUGGUAAAAACACCGCUAAUAGUGACAAAUGUAGUGGGAAUGUAAAAGAAGAAGAAGAAAAAAGCCAGGCAGACACCGUCAAUGUGAAACUCAAAGUAAAAAGAGCAUCACGUAAGUGAUAUGAAUAUUCCAGCGAUUGUAAUAAAACAGCAUUACUAAAAGGGGAAAAACUUUGCUUUUGAAACCAAUAUGAAUGUACUAUUUUUAUGAAGCAAGAUGAGGGCGGAGCAAGAUGACGGUCUGUUUCAGCUCUGUUGUUUCUGUGAUUUUGUUUUUUCGGCCAGAAACCGAAAAUACACUUUUGGGUCAUUUUCGGCCAGAAAUUUUUUAGAGGCUGAAUUCAGCCCUAUCCUUUAGCUUUACUACUAAAAAUAAAGAUGCUAAAUUAUAGUAUUGUAUUCUAGUAUUUUCUUGGCCAGUAGGCAGUCUUAUAAGUGCUUUUGUGGACUCUUACCCUUCUUGGGAAAAUACUUAUUUUUAUACAUCCUGGUUUACACCUGACUAACCCAUUGCAUUUGUAUUUUUAAAAAGAUGUAGUUGUUUAUUGUUUAUGUUCAAUCACUGCCGUGAAUUAUUUCUGCCCUGCUGUGUUGUUGUCGGCAGUUCCUGUGUUCAUCCAGUAGGGGGAGAUGUUCAGUUUUAACUUCAUUAAAACUUACAUGUAAAAUGUGGUCA